GCAGAUUAGUUCUUGUGGAUACUGUAACCACAGCGGUUUGGAGAACCGCUUCUUAAAUACAAUCGGGAUUAAAGAGAGGCAGAAGGAGGAAAAAAACUUUACCGUUCAGUUUAUUUGGACAGCUGUUUUUAUGAACCAUUGGAUAUCUCAAUAUACUUGACAGCAAAAGAAGUAUUUUUAAGGUGUGCUCCAUUUUGAGAUAUGCAUCUGUGACUGAGUGCAAUGUCCCUGCCUCUGAAGCAGUGUCUAUAGUUUGAAGUCUCAACCUCAAAAGUUCAUGGCCAAAGAAGGUCAAACAGACGCUGGAGGACAAGGGUUACCACAUUCUUGUGAUGCAGCUACGGCACGCCUCAGAAGUCCCGCCACCCUGGUCACCAAGCCGCUAGACAGACACCAUGGGUGUAUCGCAGCUGGUGACCUACUGUCUUUCUGUCCCAUGUUGCCUGCUCAUCAUCAGGUGCAAUUCCAUGGCCUUGCAGCGUUCAGAAUGCCUUCUAGAAGAUGAACUUCAGUGUAACAAGAAGGACCAUCCAGUUGUGAACUUUAACGAUUUGAGGCCCUGGGUGUUGAAUUUUAGCUUUCCAGGAGUAUAUGACUAUUCCCAGUUGGCAAUCGACCUCAACAGAAAUCAGCUCGUCAUUGGAGCCAGAAACUACCUCUUUCGUCUCACUCUGGAUAACAUCUCUCUUAUACAGGCAAUAGAAUGGGGACCAGAAGAAGACACCAGGAUAGCCUGUCAGAGCAAAGGGAAGACUGAGGUCGAGUGUCAGAAUUACAUUCGUGUGCUGCUCAUUAACGGAAAGAACGUUUUUGCGUGUGGAACAAAUGCGUUUUCUCCGACCUGCACUUCCCGACAGCUUGGGAACCUGAGCCAAGUGCUGGACAGGAUGAAUGGUGUGGCAAGAUGUCCCUAUGAUCCCAGGCACAAUUCCACUGCUGUGAUCACCUCCCGGGGAGAACUGUACGCCGCCACUGUGAUCGACUUCUCAGGUCGUGACCCCGCCAUCUACCGAAGUCUGGGAAGUAGACCUCCUCUCCGAACUGCACAGUACAACUCCAAGUGGCUAAAUGAACCAAACUUCAUCUCAGCGUACGACAUCGGUCUCUUCAUCUACUUCUUCUUCCGUGAGAAUGCCGUGGAGCACGACUGUGGGAAGACUGUCUACUCCCGUGUUGGGCGAGUCUGCAAGAGUGACGUCGGAGGGCGGUUUUUGCUGGAGGACACGUGGACAACCUUCAUGAAGGCCCGGCUCAACUGCUCGCGAUCGGGGGAGAUCCCAUUUUACUACAAUGAGUUGCAGAGCACAUUCUAUCUCCCCGAGCAGGACCUCAUCUAUGGGGUCUUUACAACAAACGUAAACAGCAUUGCAGCCUCUGCGGUUUGUGCAUACAACCUCAGCUCCAUCGCUCAGACCUUCAACGGACCUUUCCGCUACCAGGAGAACCCUCGAUCCGCCUGGCUGACAGCCACAAAUCCCAUUCCAAACUUCCAGUGUGGUUCCCUCCAAAACCACGGACCCAAUGAGAACCUGACUGAACGUAGCCUCCAGGACGCUCAACGCUUCUUCCUCAUGAAUGAUGUGGUGCAGCCUGUCACCGUUGACCCCCUUGUGACUCAUGACAACAUGCGGUUCUCCAAGAUUGCCGUGGACAUUGUGCAAGGCCGGGACACGCUCUACCAUUUGAUGUACAUCGGCACGGAGCGUGGCACCAUUCUGAAAACCCUCUCGCUGGACAGCAAGAAUUUGCGAGGUUGCUACUUGGAAGAGCUACAGCUGCUCCCACCCGGCAAACAGGAGCCAAUACGAAGCCUGCAGAUCCUUCACAGCAACCGGUCUCUGUUUGUCGGCUUGAAGGGGAGAGUAUUGAAGAUCCCACUGGAGCGAUGCUUCUCCUACAAAACCGAAGCAAAUUGUCUGGGAGUGAGGGACCCUUACUGUGGCUGGGACCUGCGACAGAAGAGAUGUACCACCAUCGAAGACAGUUCCAACAUGAGCCUGUGGAACCAGAACAUCACAGAGUGUCCGGUGAGAAACCUCACGAUGGACGGUGAAUUUGGGCCGUGGUCUCCAUGGCAACUGUGUGAGCACACAGACCAAGAGGCCUCAGGAACGUGCAUGUGCCGCUCCAGGUCAUGUGACAGCCCUGCCCCGCGGUGCGGGGGUCACGAGUGUGUCGGAGCCCGGAUUGAGGUGGCCAACUGCUCAAGGAAUGGAGGUUGGACCAACUGGGCUUCCUGGGCUCCGUGCAGCACGACCUGUGGAAUUGGGUUUCAGGUUCGGCAGCGAUCCUGCAGUAAUCCCACUCCUCGCUAUGGUGGGAGAGUGUGUGUCGGCCAGAGCAGGGAGGAGAGAUUUUGCAACGAGAAUGCUGCUUGCUCGCUACCCAUGUUUUGGUCCAGCUGGGGUCCCUGGACUAGAUGUAGUUCUGACUGUGGAGGAGGCAUGCACUCGAGACAGAGAAGCUGUGAAAAUGGCAAUAACUGCCCAGGCUGUGAUGUGGAGCACAGGGCCUGCAAUGUGGACUCCUGCCCAGAGGUACGCAGAAACACACCGUGGACGCCUUGGAUGCCGGUCAACAUCAGUCAUAAUGGAGCCCGCCAUGAACAGCGUUUCCGCUACACCUGCCGGGCACCACUGGCAGAUCCACACGAUCUACAGCUCGGCAAGAAAAGGGUGGAUAGCCGCUUCUGUCCCGCAGAUGGCAGCUCUGCGUGCACCACAGACACCCUCGUCGAUGAUCUUUUGAAGUUCGGCCGGCAGUCCCUCCAUAGGAUUGAUGGUGGCUGGUCCCCCUGGUUGCCAUGGUCACCCUGCUCCCGUGAGUGUGAGAUGGGUUUUCAGACCAGGAGACGGAGUUGCACCAAUCCCGAGCCCAGAAACGGAGGUUUGCCCUGCACAGGAGCUGACAUUCAGUAUGAGGAUUGCAACCAGCUGCCUUGCCCAGUUAAGGGAGCGUGGUCGUGUUGGUCUCCUUGGUCCUCGUGUUCAGCAACCUGCGGAGGUGGACAUUACCAACGUACACGGACCUGUACCAACCCAGUGCCAGCUAAUGGCGGAGAUAUCUGCAUCGGGCUGCACACAGAGGAGGCUCUCUGCAACACUCAGGCCUGUGAAGGUGGUUGGUCGGUAUGGAGUGAAUGGAGCCUGUGCAACGAGGAAGACACACAGUUCCGCAGUCGCCGAUGUGAAACUCUGAGCCCUGGGGCAGUGCAAUGUGUGGGGAACGGCACCCAGUUUCGGCCGUGUCUCUAUAAUGAAAUUCCAGUGAUCCAGUCAGCUAUUGGGAGUGACAGCAGCUGUGGAGCCUUUAGUGUCUACCACCUGAUUGCCACUGGAGUUUCCUGCUUCCUGGGUGCUACCCUCAUCACCCUGCUCAUAUAUGCGUACUGCCAGCGAUGUCACAGACAAUCUCAGGAGUCCACUGUCAUUCAUCCGACCACUCACAACCAUCUGAAUUACAAAGGCAGCAGUCAGGGUAACAAGAAUGAACUCUACAAUCCAAUGGAAAUCAAGACGCUGAACAAAAACAAUUUGAUUCCUGAUGACCGAAGCAACUAUUUCUCCUCCCUGCAGCAGACCAAUGUGUACACCACAACGUACUACCCCAGCACCCUGAAUAAAUAUGACUACCGACCUGAAUCCUCAUCUGGUAGAACCUACACCUAAGACGCUCCAAGUGGACUUCUCCUGGAAAGAAAUCAGAAAAGGACUCUGCUCACCCAGUCCCCGGCACACCGCGAGUGAACCUGUAACCAUAGCAACCACCCGUAGUCGAGUCAUAACCAGUCCAAAUUUCGUGGAGUCACUCCUUCAUUAAAAGAUUUGCACUUCUUCGAAGCCCACAGGUCAGCCAUCGAGACUUGUUUAUGACUUAAAAGAAACUUCGUCGUCAGCUACGGAUUUUGUGUUUUCUUUUUCUUCAGUCAUGGACCCCCCGACGAGAAAGACUGAGCGAUGCUUCAUUUUUGUUUUGCGGGGAGGGGAAUAAAGAAAGACAUUGGCAGAGACAAGAUGGCUGCUGCAGGGGCCGAACAAGACAGCUAGUUGCCACCCAGCAAUGUGUCACCUCUUAUGAAACUAGAUUUGCUGAGAAUUUCUUCACAUUGGCACUACUGGUGGCUCUCAGAAUGUGACCGUAGCAUCUAGGUAUCAGAAAUACUCAUGCGCUACUGAGGAAUCGUUAUUUUUUAUUGUCAUUUGAAAGUUUAUGUCUUUCUUCUCUCUUACCCACCCCCAACUCCUACUUCAGUAUUAAUUUUCAGAUGUGGAACCUAACAUUGGCAAAAUGUAGCUGUAUUUACAGAACCCGUCUGUUUGGUUUAAUAGCUCCAUUACUCCAUUUUAUUUGCUGCACCCAAACCUCCCGCCACUCUAUUUCAUUUGUCAACAGUUUAAAAAAAACACAUCAAAAUGUUCUUUAUUUUUUUAAACAGAUUUUUUUUCCUAUUGUGCUCCUUACCUCAUUUUCAGGCUUGUUUCAUUGUUUCUACUACUUCUGUCCCCGCGUGCAUUCCCAGGAUUGGCAUUUUGGCAUUCCCACCGAUUGGUAAAAUUUGCAAAGUGAUUAACCCACAGAUUGUGAACAGAGAGCCUAACAAUGGUCCUAUUUACGGAUAAUGGGGGCCAGGUUUAUUUAAGUGCAAAUUACACCAAAAAACUGUUAAAUUAAUUUGACUGCAGCCCUCUGGUAAUUCAACUCUGUUCAUUUAAUGCACCCUGGUUUGGAUAUGCUUCAUGCUUUUAUAAUCAGCAGAUUUAAGUUGCUAUUUCACCAGAAUUUCAUCUGCUCCAAUGGAAUCUGUAUCUCAAAGGAAUUAUUCUACGGUGCAAGAGUGUUGCUGAAAUGGGUAAAGGAACUAUUUGUUGCAGUGACAGAGAAUUCUUCAAAUGUCAGUGUAGCUAAAAAUGAGUUUGCCCUGGUUAUCCUCCCUGUAUUCUCUUUAGCUUCUGAAUUGUCCCAAUGCAACUAUCCACUCCUUUACAAUGAGAGCACCAGAGUGAACAACGCAAUGUUGGCUAUAUUUAGGGUAAGGGCUUAUCGAGGAUUCUUUGAGAUGGUAAGGCCCAGGUAUGUUGUUUGCAGUGUGAGCUGGGAUUUGUCCUCUUCCUCCCCAAGAUGCUUCAACAGUGAAACAGAAAAAUCAAAAACCUUCCCUUUAUUCCCUCGACGUCCUCAUCCCAAUGAGCUCAGCUGAACAAGAGCUCUGAUGAAAGUUUAGUGAAAGACAUUUCGGGAGCUGGACAGUGUCCUGAGCUCUGACUAAAACCUCCCAAGUCAAAAGAGAAAUGUUGCUUCUUAACCUGUGGCUAAUGCUCUCGCACAUCAGAUACCACUCCAACCCCCUGUGGCACGUUACUAGUGUUUGAUGCCCGUUGGGUUACAUUUGGAAGCUUUGCCAAUGUUAUAAUGGUGUAACUGAGCAACACCGAGAGGGGAUGCCAGUCAGUCCUGCUUUCUACAGGAAUCUCUGCUGCCCCUUACGUUUGAUCAUGAAUUUCUGGUCAUCCAUUACAAUGUAAACCAAUUCUCACGUAAUGAAUCGACCAACUGGAUUCUCGUAAAGAGGAAAGUUCUUAAUUUUCCCAGAUGAUGAUGAUGUGUUUAUACUGGCAGCUAUGAAGUUACCUGCACUGAGGUACACGUAAAAAACUAAAAGAAUUGUUUGCCAACUGUGAUGGCUUAUUCCCUCUUAACAAAAACGCCUGCGUUUUAUACCAUAGCUGGUAGAUUUCCAAGUUGGAUUUUUCUCACAUGGCUGUGAUCUGCUGGCAGCACUUGCACAAGAUGUGAAAAGAUGUAUUAAGGGAAAUUUGUUUGGUCAAUCAGCCCAAGACUGCACAUAAAUGCCAUUUUGAAGUAAACUGAGCCAAGGAACAAUCAAUGCAGGUGAGAAAUAAACCUCACAUCAAUAUUUUCAAGACUGUAGGUUGCCACUCCCCAACCAGGGCUCCCAUCCUAUUUCUGUAAGUCUGUCCAUCCCCACAAUUCUGUGCACUCCUCCAUCUCUGGUCUCCAGUUGCGUUCCCUUCGAUAGUCUUGCUGUCUUUGUAGGACAUACCUGCAGUUGCCUGGGCCUUAAGCUACUUUGUUUCUCUCCCUCUCUUCCUUUAAGACACUUAAAGUCUACCUCUUUGACCAUAAUACAGUCAUCUGACCUACUGCCUCCUUACGUGACUCAAUGUCAAAUUUUGUUUUGAUAACACUCCCAUGAAGUGGCUUUGGAAGAUUUAUUUUUUGGCAAAGGUGCUAUGUAAAUGUAAGUUGUACUGAAGUGGAAACAUUUUUCCCAUCAUUGUCCUACUUUUCCUGGAUUAUCAGGAAUUGUGAACUGCUGCCUCUAAGUAGGACACGGUAAAGUGAGUAUUAACGUAGUGCAAGACUGUGAAAUAUGGUGACAAUUCUGGUGUGCCUUAGUUUUUGUUGACCUCUGUAAAAUGUCCCUGUUUCAACUAAUGCUUUUGUUCGCAGAAGCCUUACUGGGCAGUUACUGGUUUCCAGCUCAUUUAUCUUCCCUUAUAGACAGAGUGGGGGAUGGUGAACAGUGGGGGAUAAACAUGCUAGUUGAAUUGCCAUCAGGAACAGUAACACCUUCUAGCCGAUACCUCAUGAAUGUAUACUUUUCUGAAUCGCUGUCCGUGGCAUUUAUGCAUGUUGUCUUGUUGUUGCCAUUAAUCAACUUCCACUAGGGUUGAACCAAUUUAAUGUUAUUUAGGCCAAACUUAGAGCAAUGCGUCAGUUCUAGUCACUGCACUGUUCAAAGGGUGUGACUGCACAAGAGAGAAGCUGCAGAGGAGGUUCAUCAGGAUGCUGCCUGGACUAGAGGUGUUCAACCAUAAAGAGCUGGAGACAAAAUGGGAUUGUUUUCCAUCAAGUGGAGAAUGCCAGGGAAGGGGGAAUCCGAUUAAGGGCCUCAAAAUUCGAGGACCACAGAUGGGGUGGAUAGGGAGAAGCUUUCCCUGCUAGUAAAGGGUAAAUGACCAAGGGACUCACGGUUUUAAGGUAAGGUGUGGAGGUGUAAAUGGGAUUAAAGGAAAUAUUUUUUCAACCAGAGGGUUGUGGUUAUUUAGAACUCACUGCCUGAAAGCUGUUUGAGGCUUGAACCCUCAAGACUCUUAAGAAUUAUUUAGGUGACCACUUGAAAUGCUGUAACAUUCAAGGCUAUGGGCCAAAUACUGGGAAAUGGGAUCAGAAUGAAUGAAUGCUUGAUGACCAGCUCAAACACAAUGGGCUGAUGUUCUUAAGAACAUGAGAAAUAGGAGCAAAAGUAUACCAUCUGGCAAGUUGGUACUUUUUUGCGCUUUGAAAACCCUAGGAUUCAAUGAUUCUCAUGGUAGCCAAUGGAAAUUUCUUUUGUGUGCUAUCUUCAAGAGUUGCUCCAAGCAUUACUCUCAAGCGUUGAGUAGAGUAGAUGGAUACUUUUGUUGAGAAGUUUGAAGGGACUGUAAUGAAUUAAGACAUAGCCGUUAGUUAGUUGUAAGCCCUGUACUUAAAGAUCCAUUGAUUCAGGUGAAUUGACUUGUGUAAGCACCAUUAGGGCUCUUUGUGAAAUAAGUUCAUUCAUGAGGCUAAAGGAAACAGUGAGGGAAUUGGCAAUGUCAUGAAUAUGCUCCAAAUCUGGGAGUUGAUGAGAUGCUGUGGUAGAGUGGUUUGUAGUUUAUUCUGGACCCAGGAGUGCUUGUGUGCUGGUUCAAAAUUGUGGUGAGACUCGACAUCAUCUACUUUGAUUUUGAGAAGCUGAGGUUGUUCUCCUUAGAGGAGUGAAGGUCAAGAUGAGAAUUGAUCAAGGCAUUCAGUAUCAUGAGGGAAUCCUGGAUGGAGUAGACAGAAACAUCUCCCAUUAGCAGAAGGGUCAAGAACCUAAGAACGUUGUUUUAAGGUGUUUGGUGUGAGUACAGUAGGCGACAAAGGGAAAACAUUUUUUUUAUGCAGUGCUUGGUUCAGAUUUGGAAUGCACUUCCUGAGAAGGUGGUGGAGAUUGGUUCAUUAGGAGCUUUCAAAAGGAGAUUAAACAAAUGGAUGAAGAGAAAGAAAUUGUAGCAUUGUGAAGAAUGGAAAAUGCGGGAUAGCUUGGUUAUGCUGGCAGUGAUCUGGCGAGGAUUCAAUGGGUGGAAUGACCUCCUUUAUUCUUCAAUCAUUCUGUGACUGUACAAAGAACAUCAUUGCCACUUUAAUCGGUGAAUGCAGCAUUCUAAUUUGAUUAGGAAGCUUUAUGGGUCAGGAAACCCUUAAGUGUGACCCCUGACCUGUACCAGUUCUGUCAAGAAGAGAUUACGAUUGGUGCUAACAAUCUCAAACUUGGCAUAGGAAAAUUUGAUCAUGGUGAUGCAGUUCUAAAUUGUUUGCCGAACAAUCUAGAUUGUUCUAAAGGGUGAUUACUCCAAUGACUUACUGACUGACCUCUCAUCUUGCACACUCCAUAAAUUAGUAUUUAAUCCAUAAUUCUACUGACUGUUUUCUAAUUCACUUCAAAUCCUGUUCUCCUAUCACCCCUUUGUUGCUGACCUACCUUGGUUCCCAAGGCAAAAACACCAGACAUUCAACACGUUGCAUUCAAACUAAUACUUCUUGCCAUUUCUGUAAGGCCCAAAAACACUGCAAUUCACCAAAGUCUUAUCAUUCUUUGAAUUCUGGCCUACCCCUAUUUUCAUGCAGAUUGGCCAUCAUGGUUUCAACUGCCAAGGCCCUGAAUUCUGGAAUUUCCUCCCUCAACCUGUCCACCUCUCUGUUAAGAUGGUCUUAAGACCUACUUCUUUGACCAAUCUUUCGGAGCCCUGCCUGAAGACCUCCUCACAUUGCAAGGUAUCCCAUGAUGUGACCUGCAAGGCCUUCUCACUAGAAAGGCACCAUGUAAAUACAAGUUGUUGUUCUAUGGAUGCAGAGGUACUGGCUACAGGGAAGCGGGGUGAAAAUGCGGGGUAGUAAAUGGAACAAAUACAGGCAGCUCACCCAAAGCGAAUGCCCCUUGGACCUCUCCAGCCAUGCUUGCCCACAAAUGCAGCAUCCAUCCAUGUUGGAACAGAGCAACCAUCAGUCAGCAGGACCAUUCCCGACAGAUGCUUAACUUCAAAGUCCCAGCUCAUGCUCUUGUUUUUUUACAAGCCCAGAGCUAGAAAUCUGCUUGGAUAAAUAAUCUGCAAAAUAUAUCUUGGAGCCAGUAAACAGGUGUAAUCGCAUAGACAAAGAGUCUCUGAAUGAAGACUGGGAUGUUUACAAAAGGACUAUCCUAUACACUUGUGACUUUAAGUUGACCAUAGGAUAUAGGAGUGGGCCAUUGAGCUCAGUGAGUCUACUCUACCAUUCAAUGAGAUCAUGGCUGAUCUGUUAAUCCUGAACUCCACCUUCCUGCUUCUUCCCCAUAACUCUUGACUCCAUUGCUCAAUAAAGACCUGUCUGUCUCACUCUUCAAUGUACCUAAUGACCUAACCUCAACAGCACUCUGCAGCAAAGAACUUCAGAGAUUCAGUACCUUCUGAGAGAAGAAAUUCUCCUCAUCUCUAUUUUAAAAGGGCAGCCCCUUAUUCUGAGAUUAUGCCCACGGUCCUUGCUCCCACCUCCCACCAUGGGGGAAACUACCUUUCCACAUCAACCCUGUUAAAUCUCCUAAGAGUAUUGUAAAUUUCAAUCAAUUCGCCUUUCAUUCUUCUAUAUUCCAACAAGUUUGGGCCUAAUUUAUAAAUGUCUCCUCAUAAGACAGUCACGCCAUACCUGAUAUCAGCUGAGUGAAUGUUCUCUGGACUGCCUCUAAUGCCUGUAUAUUGAUGAGCAAAGACCUAAAUUUUGGUUCAGCUGUGAUUUGAGACUGAGGCCUACCUAAUGGAUCAGGGAGCCUCUUCUGAGAGUCUUUGAUCUGUGCAUCAGUGACUUUUAGCCUGGCUUAAAUCCUUUGAAGGGCAGUGAUAGCUUGUAUCACAGUCUUUGCUUGAAACUAUUUGAAUGGAAUUGCUGAAAAAGCCAGAACUUUCUACCCAUCUCUAAUCACCCUUGAGGGGGAAAGCUUGCCAUUUCAGAGGGCAUUAAGAGCCAAUCCCUGGUGUGGUCUGGAGUCACAUGAGUCAACAGUGUUUAUGAGCACAGCCUCAUUAGUGAUGGAUUUUCCUCUCAAGUAGUUCCACACUGGUAGAUACCAGUUUUACAGAUUUAUUAAUUGAAUGUAAAUCCCACUGGGUGCUGUGAUAGGAUUUGAACUUAUGUCCCAGAGCAUUAGGUUAGGCGUCUGAGUUACUGGCCCAGUGACAAUACCACCAUGCCACCAUCUCCCUGACAUGGGAUGUUGCUUCAAGCUGAGGUAAUUUUCAGUGCGUUAGUGCGUUGAGGCCAUUUCCUGGUGUAACCUGGAGAGCACAACAUCUCACACUUUACAAGCAUCCAUAUUUGGGAAGAUCACUGCUAAGUUCCCUCAGUAUCUGACACGCUCAAUCCCUGUCGACUUGCACUCCAGGAACUCCAAAAUAAUUUUUUUUUCUCCUUUUAAAAAGUGAGGGCCUGCUCACAGCUUCAGUUGGGUGGGAGUCAAAAGAAAAAUCAAAACAAAUUUCAAUUUAUCAAAAUCCUCCACGCAAAAGAUGACAGGAGUUUGGAGCUCUCUUGUGGAAAUGUUUGGUCAUAUGAAAGUUUUAAAAUGACAUUGGUGGAUUUUGGAUAAGACCCAUGUAUUCAAGGGUCUUGGACCACGGCAGGUAUAAAGAGGAAGGUUGCAGAUCAGUCAUUAUCUGAUCGAAUAGCACAGCACGUUCAGGGCUUUAAAAAAAUUCUAUCGUGGGCUGUGGAUAUAAGAGGUAAGACCAUCAUUUGUUACCCAUUACUAACUGCCCUUGAACAGAGUGGUACGCUAGCCUAUUUUAGAGGGUAGUUAAGAGUUAGGUGCAUUGCUGUGAGUCUAGAGCUGAGUGAGAAUGGCAGAUUUCCUUCCGUAAAUUGUGCUGGUGAACCAUGGGCCUUUGCAAUAAUCAGUGCUGUUGCCAUGGGACUAGCUUUAUACUUGCAGACGUAUCUGAACCCGAGGUGAGAUCAGGCCUCAGGAUUACUGGUGCAUUUUAUGACUGCAUUUCCCCCUAUCAAUCUCAUUACUUCGCUGUUGUAUACCCUCAGACGCCCACCAUACCCCAGUUCCUAAAUGAGUGACUAACAAAUCAUUUGAAGGUUGUUAUAUUUCAGUUUUCCCUCUGAAAAUUGCGAAAUGAAUGUCUUUGAGCUGAUUAAUGUGGCUGGGCCUCUUACACCGUAUGCGUACUGUAAUAUUCUCUCUAAUUAUCUACUCUGUCAUCAAAUAGCAGCCAUGCUCAUUUAUACUGUUUUGUUAAGGUGAUAACUCUUUCUCCCUUGUUACCUUAGCUGGCAAGUGCACUGCUGAGUGGAUCAAGAAGAUCCCAAGGCCUCUGUUGCAAUCAUCAUCCUCAGUCAGGGGAAUACCUACUGUGGAUUAAUUUGUCUUUAGGUAGUAAAAUCAAACCGCCUUCUCCCUCACACAUUGGUAUUGAGUUUACCUUUGGAAGGCAAGAGGGUCUGAUGAAGAGAUGACUGAAUCCCAGAACUGCUACAGUGCAGAAAGAGGCCAUUCAGCAUAUCAUACCCAUACUGGCUCUACGAACAUCAUUACCUAGUGCCAAUCUUCUGUCUUUAUCCCUGCACACUAUCUCUAUCAAAAUGAUCAUCCAAUACCCUCUUGAAUGCCUCAAUUGAAAAUGUGUCCACCAACCUCUAGGCAGUGCAUUCCUUACCCUAACUACCCUACUGUGUGUAAAGGUUUUUUCCUCACAUUAUCCUUGCUUCAUAUUAUCUUCACAUCACUUUAAUUUAUGCCCUCUUGUUCUUCUUGCUUUUACCACUGGGAUAAGUAUCUCCCUAUCUUCUCUACGCUGCCUGCUUAUGAUUUUGAAAACCUCUGUCAAAUCUUCCCUUAGCCACCUUCUGUCCAAGGAAUACAAUCCCAACUUUUUUGAUCUGUUCUCAUCGCUGAAAUUUCCCAUUCCUAGAACCGUUCUUGUAAACCACUUCUGCACACUAUCUCCAGUGCAUUUACAUCCUUCCUAUAAUGUGGUGCCAAAACUGUCCAUAAUACUCCAGCUGAGGUCUAACCAGUUACACCUCAACCCUCACCGACCACCACUCAUUUCCGUUGUUGCCAACACUUUAAGAUUGGAGUCUCUGUGAUUGAAUCUUCAGGCCACUGCUAUCUGCAACCCUGGAGGAAAAAAUCGGUGUGACGUUAAAAAUAGUUUUUUUUUUCAAUAUUCUUUAGAUAGAUCUGCUUACCAGAUAUGAAACUAUUGAAGAUAGACGAGAAAAUGCUGUUUAGCUGACAGUCAACUGUCUAAGUUGUCUUUGCAUUUCUGUAGGAAAUCAGCGGUCCACAAAGGGCCUAGACCCAAAACUCCUUGUGCUCCUAAGAUACUGCUUGGCCUGCUGUGUUCAUCCAGCUUCACACUUUGUUACCUUGUGUGGACGUGUUUUUUGGCUUUAAUGGCUGGAGAGUGAGGAUAAGGCAUGGGGUGAAGUCUCCGGGAAUAGUUGGCAACCCUACCCUCUUUGAAGUGUCAGUAAUGACCUCCUGGGGUCAUGCCUGAGAACUCACAACCAGCGACGCAAUAGCAGUAAGUACACAGGGAAGCUAACUCACAAAGGUGUUCGAUGCAGAGGAGACUAUUCAGCCCAUUGUGCCUGCAUUGGCUCUUCAAGUGAGAAUCAUCUCCUUGAGUAAAUUGCCUGCCUUUCUCUCCAAAAACCUUGCACAUUGUUUUUGUCCAAGUAAGUGUCCAAUGCCCCCUCAAAUACCUCAAUUGAACCUGCCUCCACCACAUUUCCAGGCAAUGCAUUCCACACAGUAAUGACUCAUUAAUUUUUUUCUUUAUUCAUCUGUGGGAUGUGGGCAUCGCUGGCUGGGCCAGCAUUUCUUGCCCAUCCCUAGUUGCCCUUGAGAAGGUGGUGGCGAGCUGCCUUCUUGAACCACUGCAGUCCACGUGCUGUGGGUUGACCUGCAAUACUAUUAGGGAGGGAAUUCCAGGAUUUUGAUCCAGCGAUGGUGAAAGAAUGGUGAUGUAUUUCCAAGUCAGGUUGGUGAGCGACUUGGAAGGGAAUUUGGAGGUGGUGGUGUUCCCGUUUGUCUGCUGCACUUGUCCUUCCAGAUGGAAGUGGUCAUGGGUUUGGAAGGGUUUGGUUGUCUGAGGAUCUUUGGUGAAUUUCUGCAGUGCAUCUUGUAGAUAGUACACACUGUGGCUACUGAGCUUUGGGGAUGGAGGGAGUGGAUGCUUGUGGAUGUAGUGCCAGUCAAGCCGGUGGCUUCAACCUGGAUGAUGUCAAGCUUCUUGUUGUUGGGGCUGCACUCAUCCAGGCAAAUAUUCCGUUGCACUCCUGGCAUGGGCCUUGUAGAUGAUGGACAGGCUUUGAGGAGUCAAGAGGUGAGUUACUGGCCGCAGUAUUCCUAGCCUCUGGCCUGCUCUUGUAGCCACUCUGUUAGUGUGGUGAGUCCAGUUGAGUUUCUGGUCAAUGAUAGCCCCCAGGAUGUUGAUAGUCGGGGAAUCAGUGAUGGUAACACCAUUGAAUGUCAAGGGGUGGCGUUUAGAUGGUCUCUUAUUAGUGAUUGAAAAAGAUUUUUCUCACAUCACUUUUGUUUCUUCUACGUAUCACUUUAAAUCUAUGCCAUCUCAUUCCUAUGCUUUUACAUGUACAGACAGUUUCUCCUUAUCUACUCUAUCCAGCCCACACAUGAUUUUGUAAAGCCCUAUCAGAUCUCCACUUCUCCUUCCUCUUUCCAAGGAGAACAGUCCUAACUUCUUCAAUCUACGCUGAUAUCUGGAGAUUACCUGGUGAGCCGAUGCUUUUUUGCAAAAGGGUUUUAACAUGAAAGUAACUUGCAUCUAUGUAGCACCUUUCGCAAUCAGUGUUGAAGGCGAUGAGUAACUUCUAAUGUGCAAUCCGUGUUGCACAAAGUGGUGAAAAAAAACGCACACACGUACCACACACAGGCCCAUCGCAAAGGAGAAAAGGAGGAAAGCAAAUAAAAAACCUGUUCAGUCUCACACCUCAUGGUCACUGUCAUUAGAGUCCACAGCGCAAUAUUUAAAUGGGGUAUAUUGAUGAAUGGAGACUGAAUUUCAGACUGAAUGACUGAACAAUGGAUAGUACUGUGCUGGGCAGAAGCUCCUUUGUAAAUAUGCAUUAGCAGAACAAUGAAUUUUUAGAGUGAUUAAAUGUAAAUGUACCAUGUGUAAUUCAGGCUGUUUGGAAUAAGCUUAUUUUUUGAACUGGAGAUGAAUCUGUAAAUAUAAGAUUUGUAAUUAGUGCA